UUUUUAAUAAUUUUUGUUAAGUUAUUGCUUUUCUGAUAGUUUUGUUGUUAUUUGUUAUUAUUGGUAUUUGUUUUUGUUACGCAUUUUGCUAAAAAAUGAGUAAAAAGGGCGUUGUUUUACAUGGAAGAGCUCGGGAGAUUAUACACAAUGUGGACAAAUACUUUGAGAACGAGAAACAGCACAAUUUAGAAUUGAUACAACAAUUAAAGGAAGCACGAAUUCUGUGUGGACCAGAAGGAAAUAUAAUUUUGAAUCACAAAGUUUACGUUAACAUUUUGCAAACGCUGCAAAAUUCAAAUAAAGUGGGUGAGCGAGUUCAUUUGGCUACUGGUAUAAAUAAAAAUACGUUAACACGUAUCCGACGCGAGACAAGAGAUGCUCAGGCUAGCAGUAGCAAGAUAACGACACCAAAAAGAAAAGUUCGCGGCAAAUCAGUAGUUUGCGAAAGUUUUGAAAUUGCAGCACUACAUAACAUCAUUAAUACAAUUUACACGGUUAAAAAAGAAAUGCCCACAUUAAAUAAAAUAUUUUCUACUGCUAAGGAACAAUUACAGUAUCCGGGUAGUAAAAAUACAUUAAGACGCAUAUUAGUCGGGUCAUUAGGAUACAAAUUUAGAAGGUGUCCGAGUAAUACAUUUGCUCUUAUACAAAGACCAUAUAUUGCAGCUUGGCGUGCCAAAUAUUUGAGACGUAUUCGUCAAAACGAUGCAAUGGGAGCUGAAAAGAAAGCCGUUAUUUAUUUGGGUGAAACCUCAAUUCACGCUCUUUAUGCUGGGAAUAAAUUUUGGCAGACAAGCACAGUAUCUGGUAUCAAAAAAAAUUAUAGCGCAAAACCAUGUUGGAUUAUCACACACGCGGGGGGUGAAGACGGUUUCAUAGACGGAGCACUUUUCAUGUUCAAGUCUGAAUUAAAAACGGGAGAUAACCAGGACACAUUGAAUAGUGGCGUAUUUAUAAAUUGGAUUAAUGAAAGCUUAAUACCCAAUAUUCCGAAAAAUUCUAUAAUCGUAAUGGACAACGCACCUUACCACAACAUGGAGUAUUCUAAGCCUCCGAAUAUGACCGCGAAAAAAGAAGAAAUGCAGUUAUGGCUAACAGAGAAUAAUAUAGAAUUCGACGAAAACUUCACGAAAGCGGAGCUGUAUGAGUUAAUAAAAAAGCACAAACCUGAAAAAAACUAUGUUAUUGAUAAUAUGUUAAAUUGCCAUGGUUUUGAAGUCUUGAGGCUGCCGCCUUACAAUUGUGACUUGAAUCCAAUUGAAUUUAUUUGGCACCUAAUAAAGCGUAGAGUGGCAGCCAAAAAUGUAAAACAUUUUGAAAGUGAAAUGGAGGGUUUAAUGCUAGAAACAAUUGCUUCUAUUACGAGUGACGACUGGAAGAAAGAAUUAAAUCAUGUUAAACGAAUAGAAAAUGAGUACUGGCAGAGAGAGAUAUUGGAAGACGAUGAUAACUUUAGUUCAUUUAUAAAUACAGGGGAUAGCAGUUGUGAUGACGACGGCGAUGACUACUCGGACAGUGAUGCUGGGAUAAGCGGAAUUGAAGCGGAUUCUGAUUAA